AUGGAUAUCCGUCUGCAGCUGCAAAUUAAGCGAGACCCAAAGAGUUUCACAAGCUUAUACAAGAAUGAAGUGGAAAAGUUAAAGGGAAUGAUAAAAAUAUCCAAAUUAGACCCACAAGCAAAGAACAAAGAAUUAGCAUCCCUUCUUACAUUUCUGCCUCAUAUUUCAAAACAUUUCUCAGAAGAUAUUUCAACAGAAAUAUUUAAUUUUGCACUAGAUUAUUAUACAUUACUAAAUAAGGCAAUUUCACAAGCCGUUAUAACGGCCAUUUCUACCUUAAAAAAAACAAAACAAUUAGGGCCUGAAAUAUUCUAUAAACAAGCCAUACCCUUGAUAGAAUCGAUGGAUAAAAGGACUAAAACCACCUUCCUGCAGUUUUUAAUUGCAGAAAUCAUACGGGAUGUGGAAUAUAAAGAAAUAAUUCAAAAUAUUCUUAAAAAUACCGUUAAAUCUGGUGUAGAAAUGCAUUCUAAAAGGGCUGCGUAUAUAUACAUGCAUUUAAUUAGCAGAAAUACAUGGACAGAUGAAAAAUCAACGGAAAUUGUCUUCAAAAUUAUUGAAUUUGCACCAGAAACCGUUAUAAAAUUCAUUUUAAGAUACUUAUUAGACAGAGUACAGCUAGUUAUAACGGAAGAGGAGGUAGAUAUGCCUUCUAGAAAGACAGAUCUUAAGAUAAAACGAGAGACAAAAGCAGAUAAAAAAAGAAAUGAGAGAAAGGAAAAAUUAAUUCUGAAAAAAUUGGCAGAAAAAAAAGAAAAAGAAUUAGAAAAAUUACCAAAUAUAGUAAUUUUAAUUAAUAGAAUUAAGAAUGCACCAGAAAUAACCGCCAAAUUAUUUAAAUUAGUCAAAAAAUCAACAUAUUCCAGUGAAGUUAAACUAUUAUUGGUCCAGGUUAUAUCUAGGAUGAUUGCGUAUUGUAAAAUAACGGUAAAAGGGUUUAUGUCUUAUAUGAUGCGCUUUUUAUUCCCGCAUGAAAAUGAAUUACCAACGGUUUUUGCAACAAUUUCACAAGCAAUCCAUGAAAAUACGUUAGAAAAAGAGGUAGAAGCAGUUUGUGAUUUGAUUGUUGAAAAUUUUUGCAGUGAUUUCAGGGACGAUGAGGUGAUUGCUUAUGGAAUAAAUUCAUUAAGAAUGAUAAUUAGGCGAUUCCCUAAGGCUGUUGCUUAUGCUUCUAUAGGCCGCGUUAUAACGGGAUAUAAAAAGAUGAAUAAAAGAAAGGCGCAGACCGCUGCAAGUGCGCUGAAAAAAAUGGUUAGGGAAAUUAACGAAAGAGGAAAUAAUCUCGAUGAUGAAAUUACCGAAUUGGAAAGUGAUUAUGCGACAGAUGAGGAAAUUGCCACAAAUGGAAAUGAUACGCCUAAAGAGGAUAUUUCCCCAAAUAGUAAUAAUAACGACUAUUUCAGCACACAAAGUGAAAAUGAAGGAUAUUCUUCAGAGACUGAACCUGAAUCUAACGGCUUCGAAAAUGAAACAGACGAUGAUUCUAACGGGUUUGUGACAGAAGAAAUGAUCGGGAAAAUCCGAAGAAAAGCAACGCGUGAAGAGAAAAUCGCAAAGGCAAAGGCAGAGAAGCGUGAGAAGAAAGAGAGAGAGCACACAGGAACGAACAAAGAAAAACAAAAGACAACAAAUUAUACCGUUAGAAAAACAAAAAGAAUGAUAAUCCCAAAGAAGAAAUCAAAAAAGAAGUAA